UGAAGUGCCCAAAUUUCAAGACUGGGUUGGACCUAUCUUGAACGCGACUUCGUAGUCGUUUCAACAUGGCGGCUUGGCGAAGCGACGUCGCCGAGAGGAUCUCCGCCUUCGAAUUCGCAACUCGCGCGUGCGAUGUCGUCUUCGGGGACGCGUUCCCUUUGCCACGAGUCCCGCGACCAUCAAUUCGGGAUAGGGAGAACCCAAUGGAGCGCUACAACGACGGGCAGUUCCUGGCGCGGUACCGCUUUACGAAGGGAACCGUGCGAGAGCUGCUCGGGAUGCUGCCGCUACAAACGAGCACCGACUGCAGAGGCCUUCCGCUGACCCCCAUGCUGCAACUGCUGGUCACGCUGCGGUUUUAUGGUGCCGGGACCUUCCAGGUUGUGACUGGGGACCUCGUGAACGUGUCCCAACCGACAGUGUGCCGCGCGGUCGGAGUAGUUACGCAGCUGAUCGCGAGGCACUUGUUCCGGGACCUCGUUCACUUUCCCAGCGCCGCCCAAUUCAACACGGUGAUGCUCGAUUUCUUCGCACUUGCGAAAUUCCCCGGCGUCACCGGGUGCAUCGACUGCACCCACGUGCGAAUCAAGAGCCCCGGCGGCGACGACGCGGAGGUGUUCCGCAACCGCAAGGGAGUGUUCUCAAUCAACGUCCAGGCUGUCACCGGCCCCCAGCUGCAAUUUUACGAUGUGGUUGUGAGCUGGCCCGGGUCGGUGCACGACAGCCGGAUUUUCGAUAACUCCCGUGUCCGGGUGCUGUACGAGGAACGCCGGGUGCCAGGGGUGCUGCUUGGGGACAUGGGCUACGCCUGCUUCUUCUUCCUGAUGACCCCCCUGGCAGAUCCCGGUCCAGCUAACACACCACGAGGCAGGUACCAGAAGGCCCACAUCAAGACGAGAAACUCUGUCGAAAGGGCCUUUGGCAUCUGGAAGCGGCGCUUCCCCUGCCUCGACAUGAGGCUGCAGCACAAGCCACGUCGGGCGGUGCAGAUCAUCACAGCCUGCGCUGCACUCCACAACCUGGCCUGCCUGAGAAAGGACCCACAGCCUCCACCUCCCCCAGCUCCGCCAGUUGUGCCUAGGGCACGGAGACCCAGGAGGAGGGCCACACGGCCAGUCCACCUGCCACCCGCCGUGGACACCGUGGAGGACUCCCUCACGGGCAUACAGAAACGGGAGCAAAUCAUCGAAAGAAGCUUCAAGUAGAAACUUCUUUCGAAGUGGAAGCUCCCUUCUGCAAUGACUGAUCGAGCUUUGCCUUAAAGGGGCGGUGGAACAAUAUUCAGUUAUGUUUUUCACUUUACACAAGCUUACUGGCACUAGAGGAACCCUAGUAUACUUAAAUGCAAUGCCGCUGACCAAGAAACAUUUUUUGUUGCAGUGUAAUUUCAGAUAAAAGCAACCAUUUUCUUUCAAUCACUCCUACACAAACGCUCAGGGGUCGCAUUGUCGGUGUAGUCCCCCCUCAGAGCGACAAUAUUUGAAUGCGGCUCACAGAUUGGACCUUAUAGUAUUGCGUGAGCACUCGAUUUGGGCAUGUGAUAACAGCUUGGCAAUCAUUCAGGUAGUGGCUCGUGUCCAAGUGCUGCAACGAUGACAACAGCCAAACCAACAAUGUCUGCGAUUCGGCGCGUGUCCUGUACUAUGAUUAACAUUGGUGCCAUAUAAUCGUCUCCAAAUCACUUGGCCACUUUUUCUGGCUGCAAGUUAAAGGGGGAAACUCUGCCAUUUAUUCCAUUUUUUUCUUCGGCGUUUUUUAUUGCGCGGGUUUAAAAACACAAGCGUGUUUCAUAGCUCAUAAACUUUGGGGAUUUGUUUUACGCAGUAUCUGCACGAAGUACGAAAAAUUGUUCCAUCGCCCCUUUAAAGCUUUUGUCGUGAAAGUGGCUUUUUUUCAUUGUACUGGAGUAAAUAGCACAGCGUCCAAUGAAACUGUCCUAUAAGCAUCGUCUGGAGGUAUGUUCAUAUGUUAAUAAGUUUUUUUUUUUUUGUGUGUGUAUUUCGCAAAUGCCUUUACUGUUUUUUCUAUUCCUGUUUAUUCACCAAUAAAAAUGUGAAAAUAUUGCCAAACCCUUUGCUGUAGUGACUGUGCAGUGGCUUUUUACUAGUCCAAAUGAUAAUAGAUGAAGGGCAGGAGCCAUUAUGUAAUUAUGCAUUUUCUCAAAGCAUGCCUAAUGUGAAACAAGCUGAAAUCGCACCCUAUCCU